GCUCAGCUCCGGCCGAGGAGACACGAAGGGGCAGGAUGAGAGCGCUGGCCGUCCUGGGCGUCACACUGGUGGUGGCCUGCAGCCAAGUUUUCCUCCCUUUCUUCUUGAGAGGCAAGAAGCUCCUUUGGGGAACGUCCGACGACUCGCAUGUGAUCCGCGUUUUGGAGGACAGCAAGCUGCUGGUGGAUGACGCCAUCCACAGCACAAUGAAAAGAAAUCUCGAGAAAAGAGAACUCAUUUCUCCAUCUCAGCUUCUGUCUUUUUCCAAACUCCCUGAGCCAACGAGCCGAGCUGUCGCACGCGCAGCAGAGAUAAUGGAAGUGUCAGUGCGGGCGAUGCAGAGAAGAGUCCCCCUGCGCCUGGAGCAGUCGCAGCCUCUCACAGAUGCCUUAUCAGAAGACCUCCUGACCACCAUUGCGGAGGCGUCCGGGUGCCUGCCUCACAUGCUGCCCCCCAAAUGCCCAGACACCUGCCUGGCAAACAAGUACCGGCUCAUCACGGGGGCUUGCAACAACAGAGACCACCCCAGGUGGGGCGCCUCCAACACGGCCCUGGCCAGGUGGCUGCCUCCUGCCUAUGAAGAUGGCGUCAGCGAGCCCAGAGGCUGGAACCCCCACUUCUUGUACAAUGGGUUCCCCCUGCCCCCGGUCCGGGAGGUGACCAGACAAGUCAUUCAAGUUCCCAACGAGGCUGUCACAGACGAUGACCAAUAUUCUGACCUGCUGAUGGUGUGGGGACAAUACAUUGACCAUGACAUAGCCUUCACGCCGCAGAGCACCAGUAAAGCUCCGUUCGGGGGAGGAGCCGAUUGCCAGCUGACCUGUGAGAACCGGAGCCCGUGUUUUCCCAUACAGCUCCCCGCCAACGCGUCGCUGGCCGCGGGCACCGCCUGUCUGCCCUUCUACCGCUCGGCGGCGGCCUGCGGCACCGGGGCCCAGGGCGCCUUCCUCGGCAACCUGUCCGCGGCCAGCCCGCGGCAGCAGAUGAACGGCUUGAGCUCCUUCCUGGACGCGUCCACCGUGUACGGCAGCUCCGCGGCCCUGGAGACGCAGCUGCGCAACUGGAGCAGCGCGGAGGGGCUGCUCCGCGUCAACGCGCGGCACCGGGACGCCGGCCGCGCCCACCUGCCCUUCACGCCUCCGCGGGCGCCGGCCGCCUGCGCGCCCGAGCCCGGCGCCCGGGGCCGCGGGCCCUGCUUCCUGGCCGGGGACGGGCGCGCCAGCGAGGUCCCCGCCCUCGCCGCGCUGCACACGCUGUGGCUGCGCGAGCACAACCGCCUGGCCUCCGCGCUCAAGGCGCUCAACCCGCACUGGAGCGCCGACGCCGCGUACCAGGAGGCGCGCAAGGUCGUGGGCGCCCUGCACCAGAUUAUCACACUGCGGGAUUACGUCCCCAGAAUCCUGGGCCCCAAGGCCUUCGGACAGCAUGUGGGUCCCUACCAGGGCUACAACCCCACCGUGGACCCCACCGUGUCCAACGUUUUCUCCACGGCCGCCUUCCGCUUCGGCCAUGCCACGGUCCACCCACUGGUGAGGCGGCUGGACGCCCACUUCCAGGAGCACCCCGGCCUGCCCCAGCUGCCGCUGCAGGACGCGUUCUUCAGCCCCUGGAGGCUUCUCAAGGAAGGUGGUUUGGACCCACUCGUGAGGGGCCUGCUCGCACGGCCGGCCAAGCUGCAGGUGCAGGACCAGCUGAUGAAUGAGGAGCUGACCGAGAGGCUCUUCGUGUUGUCCAGCUCAGGGACCUUCGACCUGGCAUCGCUGAACCUGCAGAGGGGCCGGGACCACGGCCUGCCAGGCUACAAUGAGUGGAGAGGGUUCUGCGGCCUUCCCAGACUGCAGACCCGGGCCGACCUGGGCAGCGCCGUGGCCAGCGGGAGCGUUGCUGACAGGCUCCUGGACUUGUACAAGCACCCCGACAACAUCGACGUCUGGCUGGGCGGCUUGGUGGAGGACUUCCUCCCGGGGGCUCGCACGGGACCCCUGUUCGCCUGCCUCAUUGGGAGACAGAUGAAGGCCUUGAGGGACGGGGACCGGUUCUGGUGGGAAAACGGCCACGUGUUUACUGAGGCACAGAGGCGUGAGCUGCAGAGGCACUCCCUGUCCCGGGUCAUCUGUGACAACACCGGCCUCCCCCGCGUGCCCGCCGACGCCUUCCGAGUUGGCAGAUUCCCCCAGGACUUCGAGCUGUGUGAGGAUAUCCCGGGCCUGAACCUGGAGGCGUGGAGGGAGGCCACUCCCCAAGAUGACACGUGUGGCUUCCCGGGGAGAGUGGACAACGGGGACUUCGUGCUCUGCAAUGAGUCUGGCAGACGCGUGGUGGUGUACGCCUGCCGUCACGGGUUCGAGCUUCAAGGACGAGAGCAAAUCGCUUGCACCCACCAAGGAUGGGAUUCCCAGCCCCCUGUCUGUAAAGACAUCAAUGAGUGUGCGGACGUGACAGACCCUCCCUGCCACUCGUCCGCUCGCUGCAGGAACACCAAGGGUGGCUUCCAGUGCGAGUGCUCGGACCCCUACGUGUUAGCAGAAGACGGAAGGACAUGUGUAGACUCCGGGAGGCUCCCAAAGGCGUCCGUGGCGUCCAUCGCGCUGGGCGCCCUGCUGGUCGGCGGCCUGGCGGGCCUCACCUGGACGGUGAUUUGCAGGUGGACACACUGUGCCUCUCAGUCCUCGCUGCCAAUCACAGAGGGAGACGGGACAGCCGCCUGCCCGUCAGGACGCAGGCAGUGUGCUGAGCCCGCUCCGGGCGCCGAACAGGACCCAGCCUGUGGAUCCCAAAUCCUUCUCUGCGAGUAGCACGCGGCCGCCGUCCACGCGGAAGCCCCGUGUCACCACGCGCGGCCCAGCGACUCAGGAAUUUCCUUCCCCAGAUGAUGAGGGAAGAUGUUUGAUCUCGAAAUGGCCCUUUGUUUAUUAAAGCCACGCCAACCCGGCGCCCCGUCUUGUAGAAAGCGUGUGUUGCUGCUGGAGAGGCCAAGGCGACGUGAUCCACGCUUGUUCUGAGUUCCAUGGGACGGUGACCACACAGAGUGACAGGACCCUUGCACGUCGUCGGGUGCGUGACCAGGACACGCUGACCUGGACAUUCGCUGCUUCAGGACUGUUUUGUGUUCCAAGUCACCAUGAGGCUGUUUUCCAAAUAAAGGCCAAUCUAGUGUCCCGUGCCGGCCACGAUGGGCUGAACAGACGCCCACCUCACGGUGGCCCCGCUCUCUGUGGUAAACACUGCCUGCGGGUCCUCCUGGGGACCU